CCCGCCCACACCCUUAACCCGGAAACACAAUCACAAAGGGUCAUCUCGCAUCGCGCUAUCAACAUGGCGGUGAAUCUCACAGACCUCUCCCUGCCUCAAUUGGAGGGACUCAAAACCCAACUAGAUCAGGAGGUUGAGUUCUUGACUUCUUCAAUAGGUCAGCUCAAAGUUGUCCAGACGAAAUAUGUUGAAGCAAAAGACAGUAUGAACGUCAUGAACCAAAAAAAUAAAGGAAAAGAACUGCUCGUGCCACUCACCAGCUCUAUGUACGUCCCUGGAACAUUAAAUGAUGUGGAAAAUGUGCUAGUGGAUGUUGGAACAGGCUACUAUGUUGAAAAGAAUGUGGAAGACUCAAAACAAUUCUUCAAACGCAAGAUAGACUUCCUCACAAAGCAGAUAGAGAAAAUUCAGCCAGCGCUUCAGGAAAAACAUGGAAUGAAGCAAGCUGUGAUUGAAGUAAUGAACGUGAAGAUCCAGCAGCUACAACAGAACCAGCAGUCGGCACCGAUGAUUGGGCCCGCCAAAGCUUAAUGAGAACACCUGUUUGAACUCUACAUGUUUGGGAUGGAUUUUUAUGUUUCUGUGCAAAUUACUCGCAUCUGCUGUUGUAGGACAAGUAAAUACCCUCCUCUUAUCUGAAUAAAUCAGUUUGCAUGUCAUGUUAAAUACUGAAUAAUGAAGACGUUUUUGUUUCUACCUGAAAUAAGUGCACUAAACCUGUCACCAGUAGAGUAUUAGUAGGCUAUUGUCACAGUAAAGCAAUCAUGUGUACUUGGCUACAUUUUUUUAAUCAAUUAAAUUGGGUUUUCCUUUAGUUUGCAAAAAUUAAAGAGGUCACUGUGCAGUCAAGGAA